CAAUCGUGCAGGGCGAGAUAGACAUUGACGAUCACGAUGGCGUUGAAACAAGUUGUGAAAUUGAUCGCAGUGACCAUUUUCUCCUGCAUUUACUCAACUCUUGUGUUUAUUUCAUUGUUUUUCCGUCCAAAAUGGCUUAUAGGCGGAUUUUUCAAGAAGUCGAAGUCUGACCACCCCCCGAAAUGUCUGAGUGACCCGAGUCUCGGGACCCACGGCUACAUUCAUCUAGAGGAGGUCAGACUUCACUAUGUGGCAGCUGGUACAGAGGGGAAACCCUUGAUGCUCCUAGUUCAUGGAUUUCCAGAGUUCUGGUAUUCCUGGCGGUACCAGCUUAGAGAGUUCUCUAAAGAAUUUAGGGUUGUUGCUAUUGAUCAGAGAGGUUAUGGAGACUCUGACAAACCGAGUGGUGUCAGCAGUUACAAAAUUGACAAGCUAUGCCAGGACCUGAAGCAGCUCAUUCCUGCUCUAGGUUACAGGGACUGUGUUUUGGUGGGCCAUGAUUGGGGUGGUGCCGUGGUCUUCAACUUUGCCAACAAGCAUCCAGAGAUGGUGAAGAAGCUUAUUGUGUUAAACGCUCCACAUGGUGCUGUUAUGUUAAAAGAGCUGAUGACCAGUUAUAAACAGUUUUUCAUGUCAUGGUACAUGUUCUUUUUCCAAAUGCCCUAUUUGCCAGAGUUCCUAUUACAACACAACUGUUGUAGUUCAUUGAAUGCAAUGUUCAGAGACAUGGACAAAAAACCGUUAAAAAAUUGUACAGAAGAAGAUCUUGAAGCAUACAAGUACACAUUUUCCAAAAAAGGAAAUGGUUUUACGGGACCAUUAAAUUACUACAGAGCGGCAAUGAGGGGCGAUUUAGAUAAGAGGAUGUUUACUCCCAUAGAGGUGCCCACACUCAUCAUCUGGGGGGUCAAGGAUGUGGCCUUGAACAAAAACCUACCAGAACUCAGCAAGAAGUACAUCAAAGAUUGCACCAUCAAGUAUGUGGAGGAAGCUACCCACUGGGUCCAGAUGGAUGCCUACGAAGAUACCAACAAGCACAUCUGGGACUUUGUGAAAGCUUAAUUAGGUGCCUUGAUCUUAUACAUGUGAAUGGUAUUAUACCAUAUAGCCUCACACCAAAAAUUAAAAAUAAAAGUUUUACAAGUCCAAUGAAUAUGAGAUAAUAUAUAUUUUAAUUAUUGUUUAGGAGUAAUGAUAGAAAGAAAUUAAGAAUUAUUAUUAAUGUAUUUUGUUAAAUUGUAGACAAUUUGAAUUUCAAUCAAGUGUUGUUAUUGUUUAGUUUAAUGAUCCAUCUGGUAAAUUCCAAUAUAUCUGCAGUGAUACUUUUUUUUUGAUUAACAAUGUAUCGUCGGUUGUUGGUUUUAUCUUGUAAUUACCAUCAUAUAUAUAGUUUUAUCAAAGUGUUGUAAUUUUGUUAUUUAGACUCUUUGGUUCUGAUAUUUUCAUAUACCUGUACUAGGUAGAUGUCACAAACAUAUUACAGUAAAACUCGUUUAGUACGAACACGGAUAAAGCGAAUUCUCAAAUAUUGUGAAGUUUUUUUAAGACCCCGGUAAAAUUCUUAUAAAAUCUUUGCAAAAUUUUAUUGUUAUAACGAAUUUGCACUACCAUUUAACAUAACAGUUUGAAUUAAUUUAUUUUCAUGUACAAUUUUCAAUUCACAAUCCGAUUAUUAAAGAUAUCAAAGUAAUGUAUUUUUAUUUUAAGCAUCAAUUAGCAAAAAUUAUAGUCUAGUGAGGGAAAAACAUGUUUAUAGUGAAUUAGCUAUAGAUAUUGUUAUGAAUUCAUUAUACGGAUAUAAGGAAUAACGGAUAUAAGGUAGUAAAUCCAUUGAUCCCUAGGACUUCACAAUAACAGACUUUUACUGUACAGAAUUACCAUUUAGUGAUCGGUAGCACACAAAAUUUGAUAAAUAUAUACCGGUAUGUCAUUGUUUUUGCUAUAAAAUUGCUAGAUUACUCAAUGUCAUAUCAGAUCAUCCAGUAUGUUGUGAACAGCAUUAAAAACUUCAUAAUUCUGGUUGUAACACGCUUUCUGAUUGGCUAAAAAAAAUCUAUAUUGUAAAAGAGAUGUUGCCCUCAUCAUAGUAAGACUAUAAUGUCAAAAAACGUAUCAAUCCGCAUGAUGUUACGUUUGAAUUUUGUACAAUUUGAUGUCAUUUUAAAGACCAAAUGACUGUUUUUAUCUUAAAUCAAUAGAAACAAUAUAAAUUUUAAGCAAUGAAUUCAAUAUCUAUAAGUUUUAUAUGAUAUAUGGGACAGUUUAUGCUUAAUUUUUAUAAACCACUAGUGUAAAAUGCCCAAACUAUUUUAUAUCAUAUAAAACUAAUAAAUAUUGUAUACAUUCCCUAAAUGCAUGUUACUUAUCCAAUGUUAUGAAUGAUACGAUAAAAAGAGAAAAGAAAAAAAAGGUGGUUAAAUAAUCUUUAAAUAGACCACUUUGUGUCUAUACAAACACUAGCAGAGGAAUGUAUCACUUUAUUGGUGAAUGAAAUGGAGAAAUGCACAGCUAGGUCCACAUAGUGUAAUAUUUUUUCUAUAAAGUUGUUUCAACUAUUUCUUUACAGCUGCGCUGAAUUAUAAACUGAUAAAUCCAAUUUUGAAUUCCUUUAGACAUGUUUAUUGUUGUUUGUAUUGACAUAUAAUUUUUGAACAAAUAAUAUAUCCAUGAUUUUUUUUUAUUUUGAUAUUUUUGCCAAAAUAUUUUUUUACGUUUAUACCAUGUCACAUUGCAAUGUGGUUGUUGUUAUUGAAAUUUUCUAAAUUUCAUGUGUCCGAAACUUUUUUGAAACUGUUCAAGGAUUUUGUUGAAAUUUAAGGUUUAAGGGAAUGAGCUUAAUUGCCUGUAAUGCUAUAUCUAAAGAACAAUCAUAAAAACAACUUAUUUUUCAAAUAUUCUAAGAGCUAAAAAAUUCAAAUUACAAAGAAUAUUUUUUUAGGCAAUUGAAGCUGCUUUUAUUUUUUAAGGAGGUAAACCGUGACUUGUUGAGUUAAUUAGAUAAAAUAUAGCAGACAUUUAUCAAACGUGAACAAAAAAUACAGUAUACUCUUGAUAAUUUUUUGUUUCUUAAUUAAAACAAUGUGAUUGUUAUUGCCAUAGAAUCAUUAUAAUUACAAUUUGUGAUGCCUCAACUUUUGUGAAUUUCAUGUUGCCAUCAACAAUGUUGUCAACAAUGGUAAAAGUUUUGUAUUCAUACCUUAAUCAUAGAAAGAAGGUCCAAACAAACCUUUGUAAAUUUGAUGAUUAAUCCAUAAAAAUGGUGCACAAGGUGAUUGCAGAAUUUGUUCAUGUGCUUUUUUUUUUUUACACAACGUGUGUUUUGUACA